UGGGGCGGAUGAUCCUCUUCCUCGCAAAGUCGUAAUCCCGUUGUGCUCCACAACCAUUCGUAGAGGAAGCAACCAUGGCCACAAGGGUUCUCGCUUCGAAGCUCCGAGAAAUCUACAGCAGAAGCAGGGGCUGCCCUACCCGCUUCCGUGCUCUCUCCAUGGCCGCUGCAGCAGUGGCCAGGGCAGAACCAUUGCCUCUUCAAUACGAGGACACGGAGGGAAUCAACAUGAAAGGCGUCAAGAUCUCCGGAAGACCGCUUUACUUGGAUGUGCAAGCCACCUCCCCAGUCGACCCUAGGGUAAUGGACAGCAUGCUCCCCUUCUACCUCUCCCGCUACGGCAACCCACACUCUCGCACCCAUCUCUACGGCUGGGAAUCCGACGUCGCCGUUGAGAAGGCCAGAGCCCAGGUCGCUUCCCUAAUCAACGCCUCCCCCAAGGAGAUAGUCUUCACGUCAGGCGCCACCGAGUCCAACAACAUCUCCGUGAAGGGUCUCAUGCACUUCUACAAAGACAAGAAACGCCACGUUAUCACUACCCAGACCGAGCACAAGUGCGUUCUCGACUCCUGCCGCCAUCUCCAGCAGGAGGGCUUCGAUGUCACCUACCUCCCUGUCGGCUCCGACGGCAUCAUCGACCUAAACAACCUUCGCUCCGCUAUCCGUCCCGAUACCGGUCUUGUCUCCGUCAUGACCGUCAAUAACGAGAUCGGCGUCAUCCAACCCAUGGAGGAAAUAGGCCAGAUUUGCAAAGAACACAAUGUUCCUUUCCACACUGAUGCGGCUCAGGCUCUGGGUAAGAUUCCUCUCGACGUGGAGAAGAUGAAUGUGAGCUUGAUGUCGCUGAGCGGUCACAAGAUUUACGGACCCAAGGGGGUGGGAGCGCUCUAUAUGAGGCGAAGGCCGAGAGUCAGGGUGGAGCCCCAGAUGAACGGAGGUGGCCAAGAGAGAGGGAUUCGUAGCGGGACUGUCCCGACCCCAUUGGUUGUUGGCAUGGGUGCUGCUUGUGAGGUGGCCAUGAAGGAGAUGGAAUACGACGACAAGCGUAUCUCUGCCCUGCAGAAACGCCUGCUCGACGGAAUGAAGGCGAAGCUUGAUGGUAUCAUUGUCAAUGGGAGCAGCGAGAGGAGAUAUGCCGGGAAUCUAAAUCUGUCCUUCGCUUACGUUGAAGGGGAAAGCUUACUUAUGGGUUUGAAGGAGGUUGCAGUGUCUAGUGGCAGUGCCUGCACCAGUGCUAGCUUAGAGCCAUCUUAUGUUCUGAGGGCGUUGGGUGUGGAGGAGGACAUGGCUCACACUUCCAUCAGGUAUGGGAUUGGGAGGUUCACCACGGAGGCUGAGAUUGAUCGUGCAGUUGAGCUGACCUUGCGGCAGGUGGAGAAGUUAAGGGAGAUGAGCCCUCUUUAUGAAAUGGUUAAGGAAGGGAUAGACAUUAAGAGUAUUCAAUGGGCACAACACUGACCUCACCUUCGGAUUUUAACAAGAGUGGGAUACUGUAUCGAACUUGAGAAGAGGGGAGACACGCCAACAGUCUACUGUAUAAAAUAAAAUAGACGAGACCUGCCAGCUGGAGCUGCUUUGAGCAUAUGAACUAGCCAUAUGCUAUUAUUAUUUUUUCCAUGGAACAAUUCUUGUAUAUGCCUCAGAACUUUCUGUAGUAAGUUCGGUUCUCCUUGAAAUUACUAUAAGAGGGUUUUUGUUUGCAAAAUUUGACAUUAUUUGAGCAUUAUGUUCGAUUUUUGUGUGGCUAUAUUAACAUGAACUGAAUUGUGCCGA